GCAUUUGUCAUUUCUGCGAAGUCCACGUAAUUACGAUUGAUCGAUGGCUUAAUGUCGCAUCUUUCUCCCCCUUCCCUUCUGCAUUUUUUGCCAUGAUUUCCGACGCUAUUGUGGUGACGAGAUGCGCAUGUAGAAGUCGUAGUCUCUCGCAAGAAAUAUGUCGAAGCUAGAUAAAGGUGCGAUGGGACGCGCGAGCACCAUCAGCGAGUCGGUCGAAGCGGGUCUACGUUUCAUUGGCAUGUGGCCACGUUGUAUGAACGCGAACAUUAAUUGGUGGGCUUACAUCGCGUCGGUGGCGGUGAUACAAUAUUUUCAAUACUCGUACAUUCUGGCGCAUUUCGACAUCAGUCAUCUCUCGGUUCUCAUAGACGGUCUAAGCAUCACGUUGGGCUACAGUUUAUCGUUUCUUAAACUAAUUAAUCUUUGGUUCAAUUGCCGGAAGCUACAUGCCAUUCUUGAUUCGAUGGAUAAGGAUUGGAAGGACGAGAUUGCAAUUAAUUCGGACGUAUCCACGAUGAUCAGGCACGCCAAUCUAUCUCGUCAGUGCUCCAACGUGAUGAUCUCGACGAAUGCGUUGUCUGUGUUCUUUUACACGAUCGGUGGACCGAUACUUCGAUCGAUGAUCCAUAAAAACGAUCAGGAAAGUACGACUCGCGAGUUACCCAUUAAAAUGAAAUUUCCUUUUAACGUUGACAGAUCACCGAUUUUCGAAUUGGUAUUAGUAGUCCAAUUGUUCCACGAUCUAUCGGUAGCUUGUAUCAUCGCUAUGCUAAACGCUUUGCUUGUCACACUGGUACUGCACGUAAGCGGUCAGAUUGACAUCAUGCGGCAAGGCUUCAAGGAAAUUACUUCCAAGAAUCACACACCUUUGGUCGCUAUUAAAGUUUUGAUUAAUAGACAUCAAAAAAUUAUUGAUCUAUCUGACAAUAUUGAAGAUCUCUUCUCGAAUAUUGCAUUGCUCCAGUUUAUCUGGAAUACUCUGGUCAUCUGUUGCAUAGGCUUUUUGAUUGUAAUAUCCAUCGGUACGGAAGAAGGUGCUACGAUGAUAACGAAGUCUCUCAUCUUUUACGUCGCGAUAACUCUCGAGGCAUUCGUCUUUUGCUAUGCCGGGGAAUAUCUCAGCGCUAAGAGUAAGUCCAUCAGUGACGCCGCAUACGAAUGUUUCUGGUACGUUCUGAAGCCGAGCGAGUGUCGAACCUUGAUGAUCCUGAUGUUGAGAUCGCAGAAACGGUUGACCAUCACCGCGGGUAAGAUGACCGAUUUGUCCUUGGAAGGUUUCACGACCUGCGGAAUCAAUGAUUCAUAUGCAUCUACGAUGAUCAACGUGGCGGAUCUGUCACGACGCUGUUCUAAUGUAAUGAUCAGCAUCAACGCUCUGGCUGCCUUUUUUCUUUCGAUCGGCGAGCAUCUACUUCAAUCGAUGAACGAUGCCAAUCGUGUUGACAAUAAUUCACGGGAACUUCCGAUAAAGAUGGAGUUUCCAUUCGACGUCAGUGAAUCGCCCAUCUUCGAAUGUUUCUUAGUCGGACAAUUUCUCUACGAAUUGGUGCUGGCUUCUAUAGUGGGUAUGGUGAAUGCUUUACUUGUAUCACUGAUACUUCACGUAAGUGGUCAGAUUGAUAUUAUGCGGCAAGACAUAACUGAAAUUUCCAACAACAAAUACGAUCCCAAUACAUCUUUAAUCGUUAUUAAAAAUCUCAUUUGCAAACAUCAAAAGAUUAUUACUUUAUCAGAAAAUAUCGAAAAUUUAUUUUCUUAUAUUGCUCUGAUGCAACUUCUGUGGAACACUUUGGUUAUCUGUUGCACUGGUUUUGUAAUUAUAAUUAGCAUAAGUGCUAAUGACAGUGCGACGACGCAAAUCAAAUCUGUGAGUUUUUAUAUGGCAAUAACUCUAGAAGUUUUUAUACUCUGCUUUGCGGGAGAAUUUUUAAGCGCCAAGAGUAAGUCGAUUAGCGAUGCAGUGUACAAUUCACUUUGGUACAAUAUGCCACCGUCCGAGGGUCGAAUUUUAUUAUUCGUGAUAUUAAGAUCGCAAAAACGAUUAACGAUCACUGCAGGAAAAGUAAUUGACUUAACUUUGGAAGGAUUUACAAUCGAGAUCGGUCUCCGUUUAAUCGGUUUGUGGCCGGAUUCGGCUUACGCGACUUUUUAUUGGUUCAGUUACAUGUUGUCGAUAGUAAUAGUGCAAUAUUGUCAAUACGCGUAUGUGCUUGACCAUCUUGAAAUAAAUGAUCUUGUUCUUCUCAUGGAUUGCCUUAGUCUCACUCUGGCAUAUACUCUCGCCUUUUUCAAACUUUUUAUUUUAUGGUGGAAUCGCCGGAUAUUUUAUCGUAUUAUAAAAGAUAUGAAUAAUGAUUGGAAAGAUUGCAUUGUAAAUGAUUCGUAUAUAUUCACGAUGAUGAACAUGGCGGAUCUAUCACGACGUUUUUCCAACGUAGUCUUCACUAUCUACGGUUCCGGUGCUUUUUUUCUUUCAAUCGGCGAGCAUCUACUUCAGUCAUUAAGCGACGUCAAUCGAUUUGGCAAUAGUACUCGAGAGCUCCCUUUGAAAAUGAAAUUUCCUUUCGAAGUCAGCGAGUCACCAAUUUUCGAGUGUUUUUUAAUUGGCCAGUUUAUCUAUGAUCUGAGCAUAGCUUUCGUGGUUGGUUUGAUGAAUGCAUUACUUGUCACAUUGGUACUUCAUGUAAGCGGUCAAAUUGAUAUUAUGCGACAAAAUUUAGCAGAAAUUUCUAAAGGCAAAUACGAUCAUAGCACAUUUUUAAUUAUUAUUAAAGACCUCAUUAGUAAACAUCAAAAGAUCAUUGCUUUAUCGGAAAAUAUUGAAAAUCUUUAUAACCAAAUUGCGUUAAUGCAAUUUCUAUGGAAUACAAUAGUUAUUUGUUGCACUGGUUUUUUGAUUAUAAUUACCAUUAAUACCAACCAAGACAUAUCGACUUUGAUCAAGUCUGUGAAUUACUAUAUUGCAAUAACUCUAGAAGCAUUUAUAUUUUGCUUUGCUGGAGAAUUUUUGAGUUCUAAGAGUAAAUCGAUUGGCGAUGCAAUAUACGAAUCACUUUGGUACAAUAUGACAGCAAAUGACAGUCGUAUUUUAUUGUUCAUGAUGUUAAGAUGUCAAAAGCGGUUAACGAUCACUGCAGGAAAAGUCAUUGACUUAACGUUGGAUGAAUUCGCAUAUAUGAUGAAAGCAUCAGCUUCUUAUGUAUCAGUAUUAAAUGCGAUGUAUUAACUUUAAAGCAAUAUUGCUAUGUUUGCAUAUUGACUUAGCUGCGAUAGUUUAACGAGUAAUUUGUAUUUUGCUAUAAAAUAUGAAGUUUUUUUGCCUCAGUUUUUUGUGUUUCUAUUUUCAAUGUACUGAUAAUAUCUCUUAAGAAGAUGCACAAGCGUAUA